GUAAGAAUCUUCCUACCCUGGGGUGGGUGGGUGGGGGGAUACCGCCUGCGCUCCUCGCUGCUGUGCCACUCACUGCACGGCCCGCCCGACUGGUACCUAGGAGGUGCUGGCUUCUGAGCCUCUCAGAGACGCGGAUGCUGCCGGAGCCUCCAGGGGAAGAUCGAGGCGGAGCGCUCUCUCUGGAUGCUAAACUACUGGUGGACUGAAGAGGAGAGGAGCCCCGUCUUCUCCUGAUGUGUUUGCCUGUAAGUACCUGAGCUGACAUCAAAGGUGCUUAAAGAUGCUGAGCGGCGUUUGGUUCCUCAGUGUGUUAACAGUGGCCGGGAUCUUACAGACCGAGAGUCGCAAAACUGCCAAAGACAUUUGCAAGAUCCGCUGCUUGUGCGAAGAGAAGGAAAACGUACUGAAUAUUAACUGUGAAAACAAAGGAUUUACAACUGUCAGUUUGCUUCAACCCCCCCAGUAUCGCAUCUAUCAGCUGUUUCUCAACGGAAACCUCUUGACCAGACUGUAUCCAAAUGAGUUUGUCAAUUAUUCAAAUGCGGUGACUCUUCAUCUAGGUAACAAUGGGCUGCAGGAGAUCCGACCUGGGGCAUUUAGUGGUCUGAAAACUCUCAAGAGACUGCAUCUCAAUAACAACAAACUGGAGGUAUUGCGAGAGGACACUUUUUUAGGCCUAGAGAGUCUGGAGUACCUCCAAGCUGACUACAAUUACAUCAGCACCAUCGAGGCAGGGGCAUUCAGCAAACUGAAUAAGCUGAAAGUACUCAUCCUGAAUGACAACCUUUUGCUGUCUUUGCCCAGUAAUGUGUUUCGGUUUGUCCUGCUGACUCACUUAGACCUGAGGGGGAACAGGUUGAAAGUAAUGCCUUUUGCUGGUGUCCUUGAACAUAUUGGAGGAAUCAUGGAAAUUCAGCUGGAAGAAAACCCGUGGAAUUGCACCUGUGACUUACUUCCUCUCAAGGCAUGGCUGGACACCAUUACUGUUUUUGUGGGGGAGAUUGUCUGUGAAACCCCCUUCAGGUUACAUGGGAAAGAUGUGACCCAGCUGACCAGACAAGACCUCUGUCCCAGAAAAAGUGCAAGUGGUGAUUCUAGUCAGAGGAGCAGCCAUUCAGACACACAUGUUCAAAGGUUGACCCCAACAACAAAUCCUGCUCUCAACCCAACCAGAGCUCCAAAAGCCAGCCGGCCACCCAAAAUGAGAAAUCGUCCGACUCCUCGAGUGACUGUGUCAAAAGACCGGCAGAGCUUUGGCCCGAUCAUGGUGUACCAGACCAAGUCCCCCGUGGCCUUCACCUGUCCCAGCAGCUGUGUCUGUACUUCUCAGAGCUCAGACAAUGGUCUAAAUGUUAAUUGCCAAGAAAGGAAGUUCACUAACAUCUCUGACCUACAGCCCAAACCUACCAGUCCAAAGAAACUCUACCUAACGGGGAACUAUCUCCAAACAGUCUAUAAGAAUGACCUCUUAGAAUACAGCUCACUGGAUUUGUUGCAUUUAGGAAACAACAGGAUUGCAGUCAUUCAGGAAGGUGCCUUUACAAACCUGACCAGUUUACGAAGACUUUAUCUGAAUGGCAAUUACCUUGAAGUGCUGUAUCCUUCUAUGUUUGAUGGACUGCAGAGCUUGCAGUAUCUCUAUUUAGAGUAUAAUGUCAUUAAGGAAAUUAAGCCUCUGACCUUUGAUGCUUUGAUUAACCUCCAGCUCCUGUUUCUGAAUAACAACCUGCUGAGGUCCUUACCUGAUAAUAUAUUUGGGGGCACAGCCCUCACCAGGCUGAAUCUGAGAAACAAUCAUUUUUCUCACCUGCCUGUGAAAGGGGUCCUGGACCAGCUUCCUGCUUUUAUCCAGAUAGAUCUGCAAGAGAACCCAUGGGACUGCACCUGUGACAUCAUGGGGCUAAAGGACUGGACCGAACAUGCCAAUUCCCCUGUCAUCAUCAAUGAGGUGACUUGUGAGUCUCCCGCUAAGCAUGCAGGGGAGAUACUGAAAUUCCUGGGAAGGGAGGCUAUUUGUCCAGAUAAUCCUAACCUGUCAGAUGGGACUAUUUUGUCAAUGAAUCACAACACAGACACGCCUAGAUCACUUAGUGUGUCUCCUAGUUCUUACCCCGAACUACACACUGAAGUUCCACUCUCCGUCUUAAUUUUAGGAUUGCUUGUGGUUUUUAUCCUCUCUGUCUGUUUUGGGGCGGGGUUGUUCGUCUUUGUUCUGAAGCGUCGGAAGGGAGUGCCAAAUGUUCCCAGGAGUGCCACCAACUUAGAUGUAAGUUCCUUCCAGUUACAAUAUGGGUCUUACAACACCGAGACUAAUGAUAAAGCUGAUGGCCACGUCUAUAACUACAUUCCUCCACCUGUGGGUCAGAUGUGCCAAAACCCCAUCUACAUGCAGAAGGAAGGAGACCCAGUGGCCUAUUACCGAAAUCUGCAGGACUUCAGCUAUGGCAACCUGGAGGAAAAAAAAGAAGAACCUGCCACACUUGCUUACACAAUAAGUGCCACUGAGUUGCUAGAAAAACAGGCCACACCAAGAGAGCCUGAGCUGCUGUAUCAGAAUAUUGCUGAGCGAGUUAAAGAACUUCCCAGUGCAAGCCUAGUCCACUAUAACUUUUGUACCUUACCUAAAAGGCAGUUUGCCCCUUCAUAUGAAUCUCGACGCCAAAACCAAGACAGAAUCAAUAAAACCGUUUUAUAUGGGACUCCCAGAAAAUGCUUUGUGGGGCAGUCAAAGCCAGACCACCCUUUACUGCAAGCUAAACCGCAAUCGGAACCAGACUACCUCGAAGUUCUGGAAAAACAAACUGCAAUCAGUCAGCUGUGAAGGGAAACCAUUUACAACCCUCUAGCAUCAAAGGAUGCAGCUCCAGACUGUUGGAAGCACUGCCUUUGCUUUUGUUGUGUCCUCCCUUCCCCAGUGCUAAUGGGAGACUGAAAGCCUUUGGGAGAUGGGGUGAAGCAAUGAUCUUGCUCUCGCAAGCUUUCCUUUAAAUUAUUUUCUCUUUUGCUCUCCCAAUCCCGUUCCCCCUCUCUUCUUAGAAACCGUCAGAGAACAUGAAUGUUUCUACAAUGCAUUUUUUUCAUGUAUUUUUGUUUAGGUUUCGUUUCUAUUUUCUUUCUUUCUUUUUUUCUUUUUUUUCUUUCCCAGUGUGGGAGUGGAAAGAAAUGACAGUGAAUGAAGGGAAAGUAGGCAAAGUUUUCAAAUGAAAAUAUUUUGUAGAAGAUCUCCAAAGAUCUUUUGAGACUACAACUUUUUUUUUUUUUUUUUUUUUUUUUUUUUUUGUAAAUAAUGGUCUAUGGUAUUGCCAUCUUCAGUUACUGAGUAUAGGCCUGGGCAUUGCUACUUUGUGUGAAAGUGCCUUUGCACUUAAAGACAUAACUUAAAUGUUGCUUUUAGCUUUGAAAAUUGAAAGUAUUUUAAUGUGCUGUAUUUUUAAAAUUGAAAUCAAUGUAAAAUAGAUCUAUAUGUCAGCUAUAUUAAGUCAACGUACAGUUUGCUUGAGUUAUAGAAACCAGCCUGUCAUCAAACGAUUCUAGCUUAGGACUUUAUAGAUAUAAAUGUAAAAUAUUUCCUUUCUUCUGGGUUUGGUAUAAGUGAUUUUAUUUAAGUCAAGUAAGGGGAUUUAACAGUGGACUAGAGGUCAUAAGCCACCUCUGUCUGGAUUAGUAAUUCAUUAAUAAAAUAUAUUUAACCCAAUAUCAGAGUGAAUUGAACAAUUAAUGCCCUCUGUGAAUCAUUAUUUUACACUAACAUGGUCAAUGUUUUAGAUUAUUUUCCUAAUUAAGAGUACAUUGCACAACUAGUAGUAUAUUUUUUCUGCUUUAGAUAUUUUUAUAUAUUUAAAUGAAACUCUGUAUUUCUAACUUUUUAAUUGAAACUAAUAUUUUUUCUGCCUAUUGCAACAUUUUCUAUAAACACAUACCAGUAGAGGCCGCCACACACCUCAUUUAACCAAGACACAAGAGCCAUUAAAUACCUUGAAGACUUCAAAGGUAAGAUGCAAACUUCCCACGUAUGUUCUCUGCAAAUUCAAGACAGCAGAGAUAAAAAUUACAUAUCUCAAAUUUUAUUUCUUUGAGAGUCAAAAAUUAGACACAGAAUUCUUCUCAAUUUUCACAGAGAUUUUCCUCUUGAUUUUAAUUGAAGUGUUAAUGAGGUGCUAUCAAAUCAUGCACUUAUUUGCAUCUCCAAAUCCAUUAACAGUUACCUAAACCACAGCAGUAAGCGUCUUUUUUCCUUCUGCCUUCUUGGGGUAUGCUUUACUUGAAAAUUUUUCUUGUUAGCUUCAGCAAGCCUUUCAUUUUGUUCUUAGCAGUCAAUUAUUUUAACUAACCAACUCUAUAUAACAUUUAUGAAGCCUUAUUAGACUGUAAAUAAUUUUAGAUGCAAACAUUAUUGUAUGAUUUAAACAAACAGCCUUUCUUUACAACAAAAAUAGUUUUGUUUUGUCUAUUGUAAAUCCUUAUGCAACUGGGAUGGUGAUCAGCAUAUAAAGUAGUCCAGCUUUUCAAUUCCUUAUUAAAGCAAGUGAUGGCAUCUGAAAGAAGCACACUGUUUCCUUUUCAUAAAUAGGUUACUGCACAUAAUAAUCCUUUAUUAUCAUGUGGAGAUUGAAGUGGAUCCUGAUAAGUUACUUUUAAAGCAUUAAAUUGACUAAUAGUACAUUACCAGUUUUAACAAUUCAUGCUAUAGGCUUUCAAUUAGAAAUUACUUAACUCCAAAUCAUUUUGAUUAAUAAUUAAUGGUGCAAAAUGGACUUUUUAAACAACAGAAGGUAAUUGUGCCCAUAUAUAAAAGUAAAGGACACUCAAGGAAAAAAUGAUUUUAACAAUCUGAAAUCCCUGGAUAUCUACUAACUAAUAUAUUCACUGUUUGCUUAAAAGUCAUAAUUGCCAUUUAUAUCCAUUAGCUCACAACUGAAAAUGGUGGGUCAGAGUGAUCUACACAUAUGUAUAGAAAUUUUACAUUUUGUAUAAAAGAAGCCAGAGUAGUGAACGAGUCGGACAUGGAGAGAGCUCCUGGAAAGUGCUUCAUCUUUGGGUGACAUUUAUAUAUAAAUACAGGAGUUUUAAACAUUUUCUUAAAGUGGUUUUCCUUUGGUUUAAUGAUCAAUACAUUAUACAGAGGCAGAUAUUUGGGGAAGUCAUUGUGAAGGCAAAUCAGCAUAUAUCAUAUUAAGAUAGUUUUUAUAGGCUUUAACUGUGAUUUGAUCUGUUAAUGACAUGAUUCUACUUCAGUGUUUGUUCUCAUUCUCCUGAAAAGUAAAACAUGUGUGUUAAUGACAAAUUAGUUUAUUAAUCUUAAUGAAAUGUAACUUAUUUCUCAUUCAUUUUCAUGAUUUUUUGAAGAGGCCUCCUGGAAGAACUCAAACCCACAAAUUCUUUAGCUCAAUAAUUACUAUUCAUUUCAAUAUUUUCAUGUUUCUAGAUCUGUACUUUAUUUACAUUGAGUUAUAAAAUCAAGUCUUUUAGGUAUGAUACAAAUGGUUUUAUUUAAAAGCAUAAUAGCACACCUUGUGUUUUAAUUGUUACUGUCAAAUGCAAGCAUAAGCACUUCAAGAUUAAUUACUUUAUUGACAUUCCCACUAGUUGUAUUCUGAUUUUCUUUAUAGGCUCAAGCACUAUCAAACCUAUUUUACUUUAAGGAUUUUAUUUUUAACUCCUCCAGCUGGAUAUGUUAUUCAUUCCCUUACUAUUUCACAAGCAGACUGUAAUGAGUGUGAGGCUAGCAAGAACUGUUCCAGGCAAGAUAUUGGCAUUCCUAGGACCCCACCUGGACCAGAACUAGAUGUCUGGCCCUACAAAAUGUCAAACAGCAAUUACUCUAGAUUCUACUGUUUAAUUAGUUACUUUUAUGGCUUCUACAUAUGCCAGUGGGUAAAUUUGUACAAAAUACUCAAAAAUACUACUCCUCAAACUUCACACCAUUGCCAAGAAUAUUUGGUAUGAACUUAGGUCAACCUUUGUGCCUUCUUUCCUCAGGCAUUUGGUGAGUAAGAAAAAGACCCUUCAAUGUCCUCUUUGUCCUCUGAAUUUUAAGUUGACUGAAUUUUUCUAAGUAAUUCCUGUCAUAAAGGGCUUAAUAUUUUAAAGAUUUUUUAAAGUAUAUGUAACGAAUUAAAGAUAGUUUCUGUCAUUUCUCAAACUUUGAAAAUUCCUUAUGAUACUGUACUACACAUUCCAGAAACAUACUACAUUGAAUGCUAGAGUUAACAAAGCCUUCCAGAUGGUUCUCUUACUCAAAUUGUUUCCUCAUUCAUUCAUUCAUUCAUUCACUCAUUUAAUAUAUCUUGAGUGCUCUCUUCCCUGGUGCCUGGAGCUGCUGUGUGCAGAGGGGCCACAGAUAUAUAAGACAGGAUCUCUAAUUGCCUCACCCCAUGCCUUCACCACUACUCUCACUGAUACUAAAUCCCCCUCCCUUCACAGACCUCCCAAAUUUGGUAAGGAGCAUAGUACAAAAUAGAAGAGAGCUUUACCUGAAUGAAAAUCACUCCCAGGUAGGCAGUUGGGACAAGAAUCCAGUGCAGAAGGUUGAGUGUUUAAAUUCUUUGGAGUAAAAUAUUGAACGGAUAAAUCAUAAAUGGACUGGUUACCAUGUAAGUGCUAUUAACAUAUCUUUGGAAUUACAUAGUUAAAAUGGGAAAAUCCCACUAAAAUAAACUUAAAUCACAGCAGAGUUAAGUCCAAUUAUGGCCUGAUGAUAGCUAUAUAUUUAUGUUAUCUACAUCUACUUUGUAAAGUUGAAUACCAGAAUUGUAAAUAUAAAAACCACUAAUAUACUUCAAGUUUUGGAAUAUUCAUGUUUUAGAGGCAACAUUUACUAUCUAUUUUAGUGGCUUAAAAAGUAAUAUUUUGGCUCACAUGCCUUUAUCUAUACAAUAAGAGACUUUAGUGUGUGAGAGAGAUCAAAGUACUAUGUUUAAGCCUACUUUGCUCCUCACAAUGGUCAUGGAAAAAGUGCUGUGUAAACUGAAGUUUUAAAAGAAUCAAAUUCUAUUUUAAGUGCAUUAAGGGAGCUACCAUUUAGAUAAAAUUUGGGAAUCUCUUUAUGAGGCAGAAAACUAUUUUAUAAUGCAAAGAACCAUUCUAUCUGUUUUGUAUAUUUGGAUUUUCAAUAUCAAUUUUGCUUAAAAACAAGUUCACAUGCAUAAUAAGAGUGUGUUUUGUCACCAUUGCUUGUACUAUUCAUUUCUUGGUUGCUAAGGGCUUAUACUUAAAGUCUGCUGCAGUUUUAUGUGAAUUGAGCUAUCUAUGAUUAUGAUAGCACAAUAGAAUUCCUGAACUUCUGGACUAGCAAGCCCAUUUCAAUACAAUUGAACACAGGACUCUUGCUCAACAGCAUCUCCCCUCCCAAGACCUUGUUUCCUUAGAGGGUAGACUGACUCCUGUAUUCACAUCCUAUAAAGUGCUUAGGAAUACAGGUUUUAUUAAAAAAAUACAUAUGUUACUAUGUAAACAUAUUGAAUUGCAUGUGUGUUGGAAAAUUUUAGCAGUAUUUUAGCUUGAAAGUAUGUGUACAAAUUCUGUUAGCUUACUUGCAAAUAAUUGUUCUCCAGUUGUUGGAAUAAAUGGCAAAUGAAACAAUUUAUUAUGUAAAUAAAUUCUUGUGCCAAAUAGUGACAUUGUUUAAGAAAAUAAAUGACAUAUUUUGGGCUGUUAAUAGGCAAAUGAAAUACUGAAAAUGUGAUGAAAUUCUAUUGUAUUUUAUUGGAUAAACUGUUUAGUUAUUUUAUGCUGUAGUUAGCUUUCAGUUAAUAAAUAAAUAUUCGCUAAAAAUGCA